GCUAGGGUUUUAGAUAUAAAUCCCUCUCGUUUGUUUCACUGGGCGGCUCUCCUCGUUGGGUACCUAAAAUCUCCGGCAACAAUGGUGAAGUACUCAACAGAACCCAACAAUCCUACUAAGUCAUCCAAGGCAAUGGGUCGGGACUUGAGGGUCCAUUUCAAGAACACUAGGGAAACUGCUUUUGCACUAAGGAAGAUGCCUUUGACCAAGGCUAAAAGGUAUCUCGAGGAUGUUAUUGCUCACAAGCAAGCUAUCCCCUUCCGAAGGUAUUGUGGUGGUGUUGGUCGUACCGCCCAAGCUAAGAAUCGUCACUCAAACGGUCAAGGGCGUUGGCCAAUGAAAUCUGCUCGGUUCAUUCUUGACUUGCUUAAGAAUGCUGAGAGCAAUGCAGAUGUGAAAGGUCUAGAUGUGGAUGCACUAUUUGUCUCCCACAUUCAGGUGAACCAAGCCCAGAAACAGAGGCGCAGAACUUACCGAGCUCAUGGAAGGAUCAAUCCUUACAUGUCGUCACCCUGUCACAUUGAGCUGAUUUUGUCAGAGAAGGAAGAACCAGUUAAGAAAGAGGCUGAAACUCAAUUGGCUACAAGGAAACCAAAUAAAGGUCAGGCAUUGCGCAGUGGUGAUUCUUCUUAAGUCGCAGCACCAAGAGCUUUAUCAGAUAGGAAAUUUGUUUCUUCUGUUACAGAGAUUUUGGACUCGGUUAUGGGAUUCUUAGUUUUUUUUCCUGAGAUUAUAUUCCCAUCAAUUCUAUAAUUUGCAGGAUUUUUAUCUUAUCAAACUGCAAUUUGUGCCUCCUGUAGACCCCUGGCAAUUCAUGUCUUGGUUAUGGUUAUUUACUGUUGAAAUCCUAUUAUGUGCCAUCAGGAAAACCCUGAUUUUGAUCUA